AUGGAGUUCUCCACCUCUGGGCCGCGGAUCCAUAGGGGCAAAUCUCAACGCAUCUCACCUUUUCCAGAAUCCGUCCAUGAGAUGCACACCUACGACAUCAACAGUGGAGCCAGCGAAACUAGGGUGAAAGGAGUCAACGGCAGUGACAAGAUUAUUCGGUUCUGUGACUCUAUUUCAGGUGCCGUGGCUUGCAGAGGUAAGGGGGAGAAGAGACCCCCGAGUCAGCCUCGUUUCGGUAGCAUUUCUCCGGAUUCCGGUAUCCCAUACCCGUACUUUACAGGGAUUCUCUGUGGUUUGUUCGUAGUAGCUUUGGGUAACGCUAUCUCUCUCACACGUCCACCUUGGCCACUCAGCGCGGUUCCCUACAAUCCGCUGACUCACGAUCUAGACCAUGGACUCGUCAUCCCCAUCCGUCUCCGCAGCAGUGUGGCUGAGCCAAAACUUAUGGCUGUGCCGUGGACCAUCACUGUCGCUGAUUGCGUUUCCGGCUUGGCACAUGAAGAUGCAUGUCCGGAUGUCAUUGCGUCUGACCGUCUUGGCCAGUGGGUAGGAGCACAAAGAAUAGUAACCACUACCAGAGCACAUAUGCGGGGUGAUGUCCUAGCGUAUGCUGGUACCUUUAGAGGCAUGAUGUGUCCGUCUACUCGUCAUCAUGUCGCGCUGGAGAAGUGUCAGCCAACCACUCGAACACCUGCUCUAUGCAUCGAGAAUUGGCUUUAUCGUAGAAUAGGAGCCCUCUCAUGGCGAGAUCAUCAUUCAUCGUCCAUGAAAGACUGCGACGACAGUCACAGUGUGUUUGGGUCACGUGCUUAG